AUUAACACCUUCGAUGAAUGUGUGUCACUCGAGUCGUCACUCUGCAUCUUCACUGUUUGGAAGAGAAGCCACUAAUAGCAGUUGAACCAUCAAAAUGGAUGCAUUUGUGUACAGCCCAAACCCUGGACGAGUAGUCUUUGGCACAGGAACAGUGAAGCAGCUUCCUGACGAAAUUUCACGCCUCAAUAUUUCAGCUCCUUUGCUCCUUUCGACAGUGCGGCAAAUUGGCCACGCCGAAGCACUAAAAGAGGUUCUCAAUGGCAAGAUCGCUGGUAUCUUCAGUGAUGCGACUAUGCAUACACCUACAGACAUCACUGACAGAGCCCUUCAAUAUGCAAAAGACCAAGGAGCAGACUCGGUCGUGUCCAUUGGCGGUGGAAGCACUAUUGGACUAGGGAAAGCCAUCAGCGUCAGAACCGGGUUGCCGCACAUUUGCAUUCCAACUACAUACGCUGGUAGUGAAAUGACGCCAAUUCUGGGAGAAACUGCAGGUGGUGUUAAAAAGACAAGAUCUGAUCCGAAUAUUCUCCCCGGUACGGUCAUUUAUGAUGUCGAUCUGACAAUGACUCUUCCCGCUGCGAUGAGUGCAACCAGUGGGGUUAAUGCUAUUGCACAUGCUGUGGAAGCUUUGUACGCACGCAACACCAACCCUAUCAUUAAUAUCCUAGCAAUUGAGGGAACCAAAGCGCUAGCCAGCUCACUUCCCGAGAUCGUUGAGAACCCAUCCUCACCCUCAGCACGUGUCAAGGCUCUAUAUGGAGCAUGGCUAUGCGGUACCUGCCUAGGUAGUGUGGGAAUGUCCAUCCACCAUAAGCUGUGUCAUACCCUCGGAGGCAGUUUCAACCUACCCCAUGCUGAGACACAUACCGCUGUUCUCCCUCAUGCAAUUUCCUACAACGCUCCAAAGAUUCCAGAAGCAAUGAAAAGGCUCACAGAAGCCUUGCCCGAAAGCAAUGGUGACGCAAUCCACGGCUUGAACGUGCUUCUGUCAAGGCUCAAGGUAAAGAGAGGUCUGAAAGACUUUGGAAUGAAGGAAGAAGAUAUCGACAAAGCAGCGGAUAUCGCCGUUAGCAAUCCGUAUUGGAAUCCCAGGGAAAUCGAAAGAGCUCCGAUUCGCGAGUUGAUUCGUAGAGCUUGGGCUGGAGAGCCUGCCCGGGCUGAUCUAUGAGGUCAAUUGUUUCCACUGUAGACCGAAAUUUCGGGAUAAAUUUGGCCAUUAUGUCUAGCUGAGAUGUGUUGGGCCAUAUAUAUUACGCUAGUGAAUAUCAUUUAGAUAUUUUGAAAAAGUAAGUUGUUGUUUAAUGAAUGC